AUGAACCCCCACCAGCAGAACAAAGUCGACAUUAGCUCGAUGACCCCAGACGAGCAGCGACUGCUGCGCAUGUAUGGCAAGAUGCCCACCAAGAAGGACUUGCUCCAGAACAAGCUCAAGGAGCGCAAGUACUUCGAUUCAGGCGACUACGCCCUCAGCAAAGCUGGCAAGGCCUCCGACGUUGGCGUCACCAGCAUCGGUUCACGUCACCCGGUUCCGGAAAACAUCCCCCAUCUCACGGCCACUUCACCUGGUGCCAACAAUGCGGGUGGCAAUGGUGGCAGCACUGCUGGCAUUGGCCAACAAAUCCCCGGAAGCAUCAGUGGCCACCCAGGGUCAAUCGGAUUCCAGAGCCGCUCGCCCGUGAAAGAAGGUGGUAGCUUUCUGCACCGCGGCUCCAGUUUGAGCGAGGAGUCGACGACUAUGGACACCGAAGGCGCGGACAACAAUGACAAUCAGGAGGGCCAGGAAUCUAGUGUGAGUCCUCCACCCGCGAGGGAAGGUGUCCCAAUCCGUCAGUAA